UUGGGACACUACUUUUGGUUUGGUAUUCACUCUUUAAUUUGAUUAGCUUAUAAACACUAACAUAUCCUCCUUUCAUUUUCCCCAACUUUAAAAAACCGCCAUGAAAAAAGCUUUGCUUUCAGCUUAUUAAUAACGAGAAAGUAAAGCAAAAAUAAUAUAAGACCAAAACUCCCCAUAUACUAAACUUUCUGAAACUCAGAGAAAAAUGAUGAUGCCUCCAACAAUGGGGGAGAUGUGGACGACGAUGGGUUCGAGCAUAGCCAGCUUCAUGUUCAUCUGGGCAAUCGUUCGCCAGUACUGCCCUUAUGAAAUCCGACGAUUUCUCGAGAAAUGCACUCACCGAGUCACCGGCCACUUCUACCCUUACAUCACUAUCUCAUUCCACGAAUUCACCGGCGACCGGCUCAAGCGGAGCGAGGCUUAUUCCGCCAUAGAAGCUUACUUGAGCUCCAACACAUCUAAAAGCGCCAAGCGACUCAAGGCCGAGAUGGGAAAAGACAGCACUAACCUCGUACUGAGUAUGGACGAGUUCGAGCGAGUCACGGACGAGUUCAAAGGGGCCAAAGUUUGGUGGGUUUUGAGCAAAACGGUUUCUCCAAUAAGGACAGGAAUGUCAAUGUCUUAUUGCCCCGAACAGGAGAAGCGUUUUUACAAGGUGAGUUUUCACAAAAGGUACAGAGAUUUAAUUACUGAUUCUUAUUUGGAUCAUGUGAUUAGAGAAGGUAAAGAGAUUAGAGUCAAGAACAGACAGAGGAAGCUUUAUACUAACAGUCCUGGUUAUAAAUGGUCAAGUUUUAAGCAAACUAUGUGGAGUCAUAUUGUGUUUGAGCACCCUGCAACUUUUGAGACCAUGGCAUUGGAGCCAGAGAAGAAGAAAGAGAUUAUUAAUGAUCUGUUGACUUUUAGUCAAAGCAAAGAUUUCUAUGCUAGGAUUGGGAAAGCUUGGAAAAGAGGGUAUUUGCUUUAUGGUCCUCCUGGAACAGGGAAAUCAACUAUGAUUGCUUGCAUGGCCAAUUUGUUGAGUUAUGAUGUUUAUGAUCUUGAGUUGACUGCUGUUAAGGAUAACACUGAGCUUAGGAAGCUUUUGAUUGAGACUACUGGUAAGUCUAUUAUAGUGAUUGAGGAUAUUGAUUGUUCUCUUGAUCUUACUGGUCAGAGAAAGAAGAAAGGUGAGCAAAUUUCAGGGGAGAAUUAUGAGAGAGGUAAGGAAAGGAAAGAAGCUUAUAAUAAUGAUCAAGAAGGGAAUAAUAAUAAUAAUAAUAACAAUGGUGGCAAUGGUAAUAGUAGUAAAGUUACUCUUUCUGGUCUUUUGAAUUUCAUUGAUGGACUUUGGUCAGCUUGUGGGGGUGAGAGGUUGGUUGUUUUUACUACUAAUUAUGUAGAAAAGUUGGACCCUGCUUUGAUAAGGAGGGGUAGAAUGGACAAGCAUAUUGAGCUUUCUUAUUGUAGCUUUGAAGGGUUCAAAGUUCUUGCUAAGAACUAUUUGAAACUUGAAAACCAUCAAAUGUUUGAUAAAAUUCAGAGUUUGAUUAAGGAAACUAAGAUUACACCAGCUGAUGUUGCUGAGAAUCUCAUGCCGAAAUCGCCUACUGAUGAUCCCAAGAGAUGUCUUUGUAACUUGAUUCAAGCUCUUCAGGAGGCUAAGGAAGAGGAGGACAUUGCAGCCACAGAAGAAGAAUUGAAAUAAAAAAUAAAGCAAUCAAGGAAGAAGAAGGCACAAGUUCAAUUGAAGGAUAGUGAAAACAUAUGUAAUGUAGGGGAAUAGUCUUACUAUUAAGAGAAUUUUCUUAGAGCUGGUCAUCAUCUAUGGUACUUUGCUAUGAAACGGUUCUGGUUGAUUAUUAAUCUUGAAUACCAUUAUAACUAAAAUAAAAUAACCCUCUUAGUGAUACUAUUCCUUCUUCUUAUAUCUUUAAAUUAUAAAUUGAAGCAUGUAUACCUACAACCCGGUUUGGUCGUUAUUUUAUGUUGUUUAUUUUAUAAUAUCUUAAUACUUGUAAUUAUGACCCAUAAUGAAGUAGUUUAUUUCAUCUUC